AUGUCACAGUGGGUCCCGACGUCGAUGUGCUCUAAUGUGUGUCCAGUAGGAACAAGGCGAGCUCACCAAAAGGGAAAACCCAGUUGUUGUUUUGACUGUAUCCUAUGUGCUGAUGGAACUAUAGCCAACACAACAGGUGCAGCCGACUGCGCACGCUGUCCACAGGAAUACUGGUCCAAUGAGGUCAGAGAUGAGUGCAUUCCAAAAAGAAUUGAGUUCCUGACAUAUCACGAGCCGAUGGGAAUAGCUAUAACAGUUUUGUCCCUUCUAGGGGCCUCGCUGUCGCUGGCCACCAUGAUCAUCUUUAUCUAUUAUAGAGAGACUCCUGUGAUAAAGGCCAGCAACUCUGAGCUGAGCUGUUUCUUGUUGCUUUCUCUUUUUUUGUGUUUUCUUUGUCCCCUCACUUUCAUCGGCAGACCUACAGUGUGUACGUGCAUGCUGCGCCACACUGCUUUUGGUGUGACAUUUGCACUUUGUAUUUCCUGUGUCUUGGGAAAAACUAUUGUUGUCGUUACCGCUUUCAAAGCCACAUAUCGUGGCAACACAUUUGCUGGAAAGUUUGGCCUUGCACAGCAAAGGAUUAUGGUUUGCUCUUGUACAUUGAUUCAGAUAGUGAUAUGUGUGUUGUGGCUGAAGUUAAAUCCACCUUUCCCAGAUAUGGUUUCCAAACAGAGCAAUAAGAAGAUUGUUCUAGGAUGUAAUACAGGCUCUGAGGCUGCUUUUUAUGCAGCGCUGGGGUACAUAGGGAUCCUUGCAUUAAUAUGUUUAGUCCUGGCAUUCCUAGCAAGAAAGUUGCCUGAUAACUUUAAUGAAGCCAAAUUAAUCACAUUCAGCAUGCUGAUAUGCUGUGCUGUCUGGAUCACCUUUAUCCCAGCAUAUGUCAGCUCUCCUGGAAAGUUCACUGUAGCUUUGGAAAUAUUUGCAAUUUUGUCUUCAACAUUUGGCUUAUUUACUUGCAUCUUUGCACCAAAAUGUUACAUAAUAUUGGUCAAGCCAGAGAAAAAUACCAAGAAACAUAUCAAGGUAAAAACUCUUUCAGAAAAUAGGAUUUCUUAAUUUUUGAAGAUGCCAAUGUUACUUCCUUUAAUGUGAUGUUAUGUGCUGAUCAAAAGGUCUAAUAUUUCAUAUAUGUCACAUGAUAAUAUGCAGGUGUGACAACCCCUGCAAGUGUGGAGGGGGGCGCGGCCGAGGGUCGUCAGGGCAUUGGAUCCACCUGAGAACAUCCGUGGCGCUGGCAGCACAUGGGCCCUUUGUGCCAGGGCUGUGUGUUUAAAGCCCCCUUGUGUUCGGGUGGUUCCUUCCUGAGACACUAUUUUGUGUUUAGUUAAUGGUUAUGGUUUGUUCAACACUGCAUAAAUACUUUCCAUUCAUGCACUUUAUAUACAUGCACUCACCUACACAACGGAAGUUACCGGCACCACUGUUAGUUUAAGUCUAUAUAUCAUUGAAGGAAGUGAUUACUUGGUUUAACUGAAUUACUUGAUUAAU